UCCAUUAAGGGAAAUUAUGGGGUGAAAACGAAAUGAUGCAGUUUUGUGCACCUGUUAUCCUGUCGGAAGGCUCCUGGAUACUUUGCUUUCCUGCUCGGUGGGCGCUCAUCUUGACUUUAAGAUGACCUACAGUCGCAGGGCCGCACCGGAGGACCCCCUGAAGCAUCCCAGCUUCCAGGUCCAAGACAGAAAAACACAACCAUCCAAGCAGGAGAGCUUCACCACGCCUAAGCCUGUUGUCCAUAGUGUGUCUGUUUCUGAUGGCCUCAGACGGAGCAUCCCACAAAACGGCGCAUACUGGAACCGUCUGCUUCACUCGGCCCUAAGGAAUCUGGACAAAGAGGAAAAUCCUUUUGGACAUGACUCUGACUGGUUUCACUGCAGGGAGACAAAUCAAGAGCUUCUGCAAACCAAUGUGCAUGACUUCACCUCCUACUCGGCCUUAUUCCAGGAGUUUCUGCAGGGCAUGAACUGCAGGUCGCCUCCAGUCCUGCUCAAUCAACCCAACAAAUGCGUCUUUGAAGGGAAGGGAGACAACCACACCUCCCUGCUUUUUGCCAUCAAGUCAACACCUGGAAACUUUGAACGGAGACAGGCGGUGCGGGAGACAUGGGGGCGAGAGGGGAUGCAUCAGAGUGGACUUAGGGUGCGCACUGUGUUCCUCCUGGGUAGCUCCCCACAGGAGGACCCUGACCUCAACCCGCUGCUGUCAUUUGAAGCAAAACGCUUUGGAGACAUUCUGCAGUGGGACUUCCAUGAAUCUUUCCUGAACCUGACGCUCAAAGUGAACACAUUCCUCCAGUGGACACUCAAAUACUGUCCUCAUGUCUCCUUUGUCUUUAGUGGAGAUGAUGAUGUGUUUGUCAACACGCCAGCAUUACUCAGCUACCUGCAGUCUGUGGAGCCUUCAAAAAUCUCUCAGUUGUAUGUUGGACAUGUCAUAAGCACAGCAAACCCCCUCAGAGACCCUAAAAGCAAAUACUUCAUUCCUCUGAGUUUCUAUAACGGCCCGUACCCCGCUUACGCUGGUGGAGGUGGUUUCCUCAUCUCUGGAAGGUUGCUGCAACCCCUGCAUUCAGUUUCACGUGUCCUUCCUUUCUUCCCCAUCGACGACGUCUACGCUGGGAUGUGCUUUAAGGCUUUGGGGGUUUCUCCAGAGGCACACAAGGGCUUUCAGACCUUUGACAUCAACGAGCAGGAUCGUGAAAAUCUGUGUGUGCACAAAGAUCUUAUUCUGAUUCACCAGCGCUCGCCACAACAGGUGAAGAAGCUGUGGAAGGGCAUUCACAGCCCUUUGUUGACUUGUUGAAUGGGACUGGUGAGCGAAAGAUGCAGAGAUUUUGAAAAAAAUCAAAGAGAGGAAACACUGACUGCAGCGAAAUAUUGAAGCCAUGGCUUAUUCGCAUCCAUCGUCCCUUGAAAUGUCCUUUUUCAAGAUGAUGCAUCAGGAGGAAAUGUGAUUCAAGGCUUUGCACAGUCAACUGUUGACAUCUUGCAUAGACUCACACUUAAAAAAUGAACAAAUGCUUCUGUGUUUGCAUUUUUGAUGGGAAUUUGAGCCUCGGGGGUUAAGCCAUUUUACUGCAAAGUCAAAUUCAACAGUGGUUUCCUUUUCUCCUUUCAAAUUUAAAUAAAAAAA